AUGUACCCGCAACGGCCGAGUCAUGGGCCCAUGUUUCAGCUGCCGUUGCUUGGCUACUUGCAUCUCACCUGGCCCGUGCCAAGAACUCACAAGCGCGCCAUUAUUUCCGAGAGGAAGCCCGGCAAUGUCCACGACGAAGCUUCUGGAUGCCGCCCGCCAAACGGCUGUAUGGAAUGGUUACGCGGUACUGCGGCGAGGGGGCAGGGAAAUGCACGCGUACAUGCACAGUCAUCGGGACCCGUAGGAUGGAAAGAAGAAAAAAAAAAGGUCAGGCAAAACUGGCAAAAGCAAUCAAGAGGAACGGAAGGGGGUGAGGGGAGGGGUGAGGGGGGCACAUAA